ACUCCGCUGUGUGUCUGAAGCCGUUGCUGGGCUCUUACCGCCGGGUUUUAGCUUUAAUAUUAUAACCUCACCAUAGUUCAUCUAUGCGCUAAAGGGAGCCACCCUGCAAUGGAUUAAAGCGACAUCAUGGUCUGAUUUGAGCGUCAAAGUGAAUGGAAGAUACGGUCUGUUGGAAGUUUUAACCCAAGUAGGGUCCAGAGACGAGGCAGCCAUCAUGUGCAACUGAAGACGUCUUGAUGAUCACAUGGGCUACUGACCUGUGCUGACCCGAUGGUUUAAUCAGCAGGACUAAAAAUGAGCAUCAGCAGCGAUGAAGUCAACUUCCUGGUUUACAGAUACCUACAAGAGUCAGGCUUCUCCCACUCAGCAUUCACCUUUGGCAUAGAGAGCCACAUCAGCCAGUCGAACAUCAAUGGAGCCCUGGUGCCCCCUGCUGCCCUCAUCUCCAUCAUCCAGAAGGGCCUGCAGUAUGUGGAGGCCGAAGUCAGCAUCAAUGAGGACGGGACCCUGUUUGACGGACGGCCCAUCGAGUCACUGUCUCUGAUUGACGCUGUCAUGCCGGAUGUGGUCCAAACCCGGCAGCAGGCCUACAGAGACAAACUGGCUCAGCAGGCGGCAGCAGGUAGCAGCAGCAGCACGGGGCCACAGGGAGGUUCCAAGAAUGGGGACGGGGGACCCGCUAACGGAGAGGAAAACGGAUCACAUGCCUUAGCCAAUAACCACUCAGAGAUGAUGGAGGUGGACCGGGAUGUGGAGAUCCCCCAGAGCAAAGCCAUGGUCCUGCGAGGCCACGAGUCGGAGGUUUUUAUCUGUGCCUGGAACCCGGUGAACGACCUCCUCGCCUCUGGGUCAGGAGACUCGACGGCGCGGAUCUGGAACCUGAGUGAGAACAGCACAGGGGGCUCCACCCAGCUGGUCCUGAGGCACUGCAUUCGGGAGGGCGGCCAGGACGUCCCCAGCAACAAGGACGUCACCUCGCUGGACUGGAAUAGUGAGGGCACAUUACUGGCCACCGGCUCAUACGACGGCUUCGCCCGGAUAUGGACAAAAGACGGAAACUUGGCCAGUACUUUGGGUCAGCACAAAGGGCCCAUAUUUGCACUCAAGUGGAACAAAAAAGGCAACUUCAUCCUCAGCGCUGGAGUAGAUAAGACAACAAUUAUCUGGGACGCACACACAGGGGAAGCAAAGCAGCAGUUUCCUUUCCACUCAGCACCAGCUCUGGAUGUGGACUGGCAGAACAACAACACGUUCGCCUCCUGCAGCACAGACAUGUGCAUCCACGUGUGCAAGCUGGGUCAGGACAGACCCGUCAAGACCUUCCAGGGACACUCGAAUGAAGUGAAUGCCAUAAAGUGGGAUCCCACGGGCAGCUUGCUGGCCUCCUGCUCAGACGACAUGACGCUCAAGAUCUGGAGCAUGAAGCAGGAUUCUUGUGUCCAUGACCUCCAGGCCCAUAGUAAAGAAAUCUACACCAUCAAAUGGAGCCCCACCGGCCCUGGGACCAACAAUCCCAGUGCAAACUUCAUGCUGGCCAGCGCGUCGUUUGACUCGACCGUGCGCCUGUGGGACGUGGAGCGUGGGGUGUGUAUUCACACACUGACCCGCCACCAGGAGCCCGUCUACAGCGUAGCCUUCAGUCCUGAUGGCAAGCACCUGGCCAGCGGCUCCUUCGACAAGUGUGUUCACAUCUGGAACACUCAGACGGGUGCUUUAGUUCACAGCUACCGGGGGACCGGUGGGAUCUUUGAGGUGUGCUGGAACGCCACAGGCGACAGAGUAGGAGCGAGCGCGUCAGACGGAUCGGUUUGUGUGCUCGAAUUGAGAAAAUGACACUUGGGUGUUGUGUAGCUGUGGACCGACUACGAAUGUGUACAUAGCCAAAAAGACUGUCCCUGCCUGUCCGCCACACUGCUGUCUGUCCCAUCAGGCUCCGCUUCUUCAUGGAUGUCCCACAGUUCGUCACGCCUGCGCCGUACAGACAUGGGAAGACUUUCCCAACGUCACUUGGACCCCCAUUGGGUCAAACAAAACUCCGGCAUCCUUCUGUUUUCUCAUGUCAGUCAGAACUGUCGCUGCGUGCACAUCAUACCCAUCAGAAUCUGGCAGCCCACACAGAACUACAUUUGGACCUCACUGGGUUUAUCUUGUGAUGUGUAAGAACGAGGCCAGGGAAGGUUUUGAGAAGCUCAUCUCUUCAUUCACAGAGCUAUUCAUUUCCUGUUUGUGAAAUAUGCCAACUCAUUCUUUUAAUCCAAGAGAUGUUUUUCAGUUGUUGUCGGUUUUUAGAGUGAGCAGAGCCUUGCAAAAGUAUUCACAUCUCUUCAGUUUUUAAGUCGGAAUCAUAAACUUUCCUUCUAUUUUAUUGGGACUUUGUGUGAUGGUCCUACACAAAUAAGCACAUAGUGAAAAAUUUGGAAAACAGCGUUAGCUUAGCCAAGUUGAAUAAAUAAUACCAAUGAUUAAGUCUUUUCUCAGAUUCCUCAAUGGAUUUAGGUCUGGGCUUUGACUGGACCACUCUGUCAGUUGAACCUCCAUCCCAGUCUGAAGUCUUUUUCAUCAAGGUGUUCAGCUCCAUUCAUGCUCUGACCACCUUCUCCAUUUCUACAGAAAAAAAAUAAAUAAUGCAUCGCCACACCAUGAUGCUGCCACUACCAUUUUUAACUAUUGGGAUAGUAAAGUGAGCCUGAUCUGUUUCACAUAGAUCAAAACUUUAGGUUGGUUGUUAUUCUGCCAACUGAUCUGAUCUGGUUAUUUUAAAGGCAGUUUUCAAUCAGAGUAUAUGAGGCUGAAUACAAAUACACACUGCAAUUUUUUUUCCCCAUUUUUCUAACACUGCGCAAUUAAGCUACACUUGAUGUUGGUCCAUGACAUAAAACCCAAUAACAUACAUGGUUUUACCAUGACAGAAUGUUGAAAAGCUUCAAGAGUCAUGACUGCUUUUGCAAGUGACAGUAUUUGAUAACCAUCCUAGCUGUUUUCAUUUAAGGGGGAGAACCGAUUGUUGUUUUCUGGCCGAUCCCUGAUAUUUAAAAAGCUUGACCUGCCAAUUACGAUUUUGGCCAAUAUUGAUCAAUAUUUUUUCAUUUUUGGUCCCAAAAAAUUUUUUGAAAAUACCAAUAAAAGCCCCUAAGUUAGAAGUAGAUGAAAUCAUUUUUUCCGACCAACGCAAAUUUAAGGACGUCGGGCCAGUUUGUCGGUUUUUUACGAAAUCAUUUUUCGGGUGCUUGCGAAACUGACUAUUCAAAAUGUCUAAAAGUUAAUCUGCUUCAGAUCUGAGGUAAAGUGAUAAACCUGUUAGUCACAUGCAUUUUGCUGACACAGCCGUCUGUUAGCUGUAGCUGUGCUUUGUUUCUCUCCUGGUGAAACCCAGACGGUGAUGCAACAGUUGCUCUUUCCCUCACUUUCUUCUAAAAGGGCGUCUUCUCUUUGCUAAAACGGCUGUACCCGGUUUCCCAGUACCCGACCUACGUACCGCACUGCAGUCGACAGUUGUUGCCACUCAUUAUCACAAACACACAGGUGACAGACAAUUUGUUUGCGGUGUUUAGGUUUUGAAGACAAGUCCGGCUGUUGAUGAAGCGAACAUCCAGACGUAUGCUGCUUCGUUGAAUCUUAUAAGAUGCCAUUGCACCGUCAUAGCUGCGACCAAAGCAGUAGGCGUUUGAAGUGGAUUUGCACUUUAGCCUAAACUGAGGGAAGAUUCAAUCAAUCUGAAAAUUGUCUUUUGAAGCAGUUUUAUCGGUCAUCUUCAACUCACAUCAAUCAAAAAGGACCUGUUACAUAUCAGCUACAAAAAAUGCUUGUACCUUUAUUUGCAUUGAUAAAGCAAGCCAGCAGUGUCUGAACUGGAUUCCUCUGACAAUGAAAUGGUAUUUUAUCCCUGUUUGGUUUUGGGUGGGCAGGAACAGUACUAACACCGAUCCUAUGUUUGCUAUGUCGGAAAGCCCUCGAAGGUUUUGUACUUUUGUAAUUUUGAUUCGUUUGUAGCCACGUACUCAAAACGACAGAAAGAAAAAGAAACAAAAAAAAACAACAGAUGUAAUUGUUUGUGUAAUAUAACACAGAACAUGUAAAUACCAAUUUUCAGAAUUUUUUUUGGGUGUCUUUCCACAGACCUAUGUUGUACUUUGUCACGGUUGCAGCCUGCAGCCUCCUGAUAAGACUGUUGGUAUAUCACUCAGAUCUUAAGGUCUAGAAUAAAAUCUAUUUUGAUAAUA